GUCGAAGUGUUGAAAGUAGUGAAUAAUAGGUCAUCGCACGGAAGUCGAGUCGUUUCGUUCAGUCCAGAUAGGUUGUUCGUACGUUGAGCGUUUCGUACAGUAGUCACUCGCCAAUUCAACAUUCCAACAAGCCGGGUCUUCUUACCUCUUUAAACAUAUUCUGAUAUCGAAGAUAUUCGGAUCGCAUCACAAGUUAAUUUUGACCCUGUAUCCUUAGAAUCUCCUAUAACGAUUCCGUCAGAAACGUUACGUAAUCAUACAUUGCGUAUGCCCGACUUGUGAUACUCAUUUGAGUGAUCAUAUAAUUUCAAACGUCAUCAUGUAUGCUUGUACUAGAUUUAUUGUACCUGUCGCCAAGUCGACCUUGGUUUCUGGAACUAAGAAUUAUAUUCGACCAUUGAGCAGUGCUGUGGUAAGUCACAGCCAGUCUAUACAGCAGAAUCAGAUUCAGAACCCAUUCAGUUCUCCAUUGGUGCAAUCUCCAAUUAUACGUAGUUUCCAAACAUCUACAAUUAGUCGUGAUAUUGAUUCUGCUGCAAAAUUCAUUGGUGCUGGUGCUGCCACUGUAGGUGUUGCUGGGUCGGGAGCUGGAAUUGGUUCAGUGUUUGGUUCUUUAAUCGUGGGUUAUGCCAGGAAUCCUUCUCUUAAACAACAGUUGUUUUCAUAUGCCAUUCUGGGCUUUGCCUUGUCUGAAGCCAUGGGUCUCUUCUGUCUUAUGAUGGCUUUCUUACUUUUAUUCGCAUUCUAAAUUAUCAAAAUCGCAUAAAAACACAAUAUUACUAGUUUUAGUGCAUCACUGUCAAAGUGGCGUCCUUUGAUUCCUGCGAAGGAAACAAUGGUAGUUGCCUUUGGUGCACGAGAUGCCAUGAAAUCAUUAGAGAUGCUCGAGUAUCCGGUUCGAUGGGGUAUGCGACGGUACGACAAUGAACUGAAAAAAUGGCGGCUGUAUACGUAAUUUAGAUCAUCGAUCGAACCGUCUUUGACUCCUUCGGGGCCUUUCGAACUAAUUUGUAAUUAUUUCAUGGUUUACUUUAUAUCAUGUAGCGUAAAAAUUCAUAUUACGAUAAUAUUGUACUUCAAUAUAAGAAUAAGAAUAUUAACAAAAGUUUAUUAAAAAGAUUGAAUAAAAAAAAAAGAUAGCGUUGCUUGUAAAAUCCAUAUACAUGUAUGUUCAUCAUUUUUAAUGUUAUCAAAUAUUAAGAAACAGUAAUAUACAUCGAACAUUUUUUGUUAGUGUGGAACGGUUCAUCAUUGUUGUGCCAUCGCGUGCGCGCAUUAUUAAGGUAACUGGACGAAAAAAAUUGUACAGUGAUAUCGAAUAAACACUUGUCGUAAAAUUAUUAUUGAA